AUGGCUUUAGGAGAGAUCAUUUUCCUCCGAGGCCAAGAAAGAAGAGAUGGUGUAACAGUGACAGAGGUGGAAGAAGUUGCAUUUGGCACUGCCCGUCACCGUUCUGGUGAAGCUGGGAAGUCAUGGACCAUCCGGCGCCCGCUUCUGAAGUACGCCGAAGACUUGUUUGCUCGUGAAUUCAUGAAUGGCUUUGAAGAUACGGUGAUUUCGUUCUUCGAGAAGUCAGUUCGAGCCCAAAAGACUUUCGGACAUCAGAGAAUGAACGGUACCAACAAGCAAGGUGUCUAUAUUCAUCUCAUUAUUCACACCCUCCUUCAGAAGUUGCUUGCCGGGUAUGGUGGAUCUAGCGACGAUGUUGACCGGCGGAAUAACACUCAGCAUAGUUGGCCACCGAAAAAGGCCGGUGUUACAACCUUCUUCCUCAACUGUCGUGCGAGUGAUAUCGAAUCACGCAUUCGCUUUCUGUUUGCUGCAUUCGAGCCUGAACUACCAAGUUCAUUUCUCUUCUUCUUGAGGGAAUCUUGUGCAUGUGGCUCGGUAUGA